AUGACUGCUAUUUGCGUCGAUGAUUCCACUGGGCUAGCAGCAGCUGGAAAGAGCAAGUCGCUGGCUGGCGGAGAUACUUCCACUCCCUCCAUUUUCCCAGACAGUUCUGCUGCAGAUCUUUCAAAUAGCACCGGCGACGCGGAGAACGCUGCCCCGAUGACACCUGGAGACGAAGCAGCGGUGGUCGGCUCGGGAAAAACGCCAGAACGUGAAGUUAAAGCGGGAAAGGCAGCUCUACAGAGACCGGAAAUCGGCGGUCGAGGCGCAGGAUCCAUGGCGAAAGCCGCUCGCAGAAAGUCGUCGAGACUGAAAAGCGAGGCAGACGAAGGCGACAAUGAGAACGGCUCUCAGGGUUGCAAUGGCAGUCAAAGGCGAUCGGGACGAUCGCGCACUGCCGGCCCGGCCAGCUAUUACGAAGGUAGCGAGGACGACAGUGACGGCGACAGCGACGAGGGUUCGGAUGGGAGUGACGGGGAGUCGGAGGACGGGGAGGACAGCGAUGACGCGGUUGAAACGGGCGAGGAGGAGGCGGAGAGUGAUGGCGACGGAGAGGAUAGCAGCGAGGGUGAGGACGAAGAGAGUGACAAAAGCGAGCACGUCGAAGAGGAGGCGGAGCCGGCGACGGCACGCGUGAACAAGGACGCGACGGACGCGAAGCCACGAGGCGGCGAGAAGAACGGGAAUAAGACGGAGCCGAACGAAGACGAAGAAGAAAUUUCUAGUGACGACGAUGAUGAUAUCGGUGGAGGGGAUCGGCCCACGAAGAGAUGCGGCAAGCCUGCCGGAAAAGCUGCCCCCCGGAAUGCCAAUGCCAAGAACUCGGCGCGCAGGCAGUCUCCGCGGCUGAGAGGCCAUCCAGAGGCGGACUCCGCGCGGGCGAAAGGCAAGCAAGGCGGAAGCGCAGGCGGUUUGGCGGGUAAGCGCGCGGAACAGCUGCGCGGAGACGAGGAGGCGGCGGCGGCGUCGCGAGGGCAAGUGCAGCGAGUGGCGAGCUCGUUGCCGGGUAGCAAGAAGCUGACGCGGCGCGACUCGGGCGUAGCCGACUCUGCGAAGGAGAGUAACGUUCAACGUGGCGUGGAGGCUAAAGCUGAGGAGGAAGAGGAAGAGAAAGAGAAGGAAGAAGAGGAGGAGGAGGAAACGGAGGAAGAGGAGGAUGGCGGGGAAGAAAAGGAGGAAGGAGAAGUGGAUGACGAAGACGAGGAAGAGGAGGAAGAAGAGGAGGAAGAAGAGGAGGAAGAAGAGGAGGAAGAAGAGGAUGAAGAAGAGGAGGAGAAAGAAACUAGAGGUAAAGGCAAGAAAGGGUGUCAAAAGGCAGCCACAGUAUCGCCAGAGCCGGAGCAAGGUCGACGGAGAUCGUCUCGCCUCCAGUCCAUCACCACCAGUAACGUUUCUUCUCCCGCGGCUGCUGCUGCUGCGGCAGCGGCGGAAGCCGCCGCGGUCUUGCCGGCGUCGUCCACCGCCAGGGCGCGCGAGCGGCGGAAGCAGCGCGCGCAGGAGGGAGUGACGCGGAAGACCAAAGAGACGGCAAAGGAAAUCCAAAAGUCGGGUUCGAAGACAGCGGCUAUUAUCGCGGAUAGUGCGUGGCUUUUGUCGCGACCACUCGUGACGAAACCCCCCGCCGCCGUGGAAAAGGUGCUGCUGGCGCGCCAACCCGCGGAACGGCCGUCCGCAGAAAGAGCGGACAGCGGGCCGAAAGCAAGCGCAGAAAGGGGUACGAGCGGAGCCGGAGAGGGGGGCGCGGCGGCGGAGGAAGAAGCAGCAGCGGCGGCGACUGCUGUCAUGACUGCUGCAGAGUCUCCUGCAGCGACCGCUGAGGUGACUGCUGCGGUGUCACCAGCGCCGGUUUUCCUGGUGAAGCUAGUCGGGCGGAGUUACCGCGACGUGGUGUGGAUGACGGAAGCAGCGCUGCAGGAGCUCUUCCCCCGCCUCCUCAUGUCCUUCCGCCAGCGCUCCACCGCCGCCCGCAGCGCUGUCAAAGACGGCCCUGCUCCUGCCGCUGCUGUUACAACCGCACCUGCCAGCGGCGAGAGUUGCGAGCCGAACGACGACGCUGACGUGGAGGUCGUCGGUGCUGAGUCGGAUCUGGUUCUUCCGUUCGAUCCGGACUACCUGCGCGUGGACCGCGUUAUAAGCACGAAGCGCGGGCGGAAGAAGGACGCGAUGCGUUACUUGGUCAAGUGGAAGGCGCUUCCGUACACGGCCGCCACGUGGGAGGAUGACAGCGCGCUUCGGGACGACCCGGACGAUGUCCGGGCAGUCGAAAAGUUUCACAUCUUUUACGAUAAAGCCGCGAUGCGGCGGCGCGCUCCGGUGGCCGUGAAACGCGGAGAGCCGGCGUCGACGGGGGUGGAGUUUAAGAACGGGCGCACGCUGCGCGAGUACCAGGUGGCGGGCGUUGAUUGGCUGUAUCACAACUAUAACAAGGGCGUGAAUUGCAUUCUGGCGGACGAGAUGGGGCUGGGGAAGACCAUGCAGGUGCGCCGGGGGAAGCGGGUGUGGGGGGGAAGUGGUGGGGGGAUCGGCAAGAGGGGUGAAGGGGGUGUGAGGGGGGAGGGGAAGAAGCGGGGAAAAAGAAGGGAGGGGGGAAGAGGGGGAGAGUUGGGAGGGGCGGGUGGGAUGUGUGGAAAAUCGCCGCUGUGUGUUCUUCACUUCACUCCUCGCAACCUCGUCCAUUUCUACAUCCCUGUCUCCCAUCCCAUCUACUCUAAGUUUCGCUCCCCUCCGCAAAAUCGUUCUCCGCGCCGGCCGCGCGUCCAUGUUCACCCCCCCUCACCCCUUCCCCUCCUCCCCCCUUCCCUCUCCGCUUCUCCCUCUCCCCUUUUUCCCCUUUCCUACCAUUCCCCGUCUCACCCGCUUCCCCAACUGUCCCUGCUCUCCGCGCACCCUUUCUCCCCCUCCCCUCCCCUUUUUCCCCCACUUCUUUCCCCUUUCACCCCCCCCCUCACCCUUCCCCCACCCGACUCCGCGCAGUCCGUCGCGCUGCUGGAGACGGUGCGCCUGCGCACGGGCGUGCGCGGGCCGUUCCUGGUGGUAGCGCCGGUGUCCACGCUCCCGCACUGGCAGCGCGAGCUGGAGUCGCUCUCGUCGUCGGAGAUUAACUGCGUGCCGUUCGUCGGGUCUAAGGACGACCGCGCCUUGAUCCGCGAGCACGAGCUCGCGCACCCCAGCGGACGCGGCGUGCGCGCGCAUGUGAGUUGCGCGGAGGGGAACGGGGGGCGAGAAGGCGCGGCGGGGCGCGGGGGAGCGGGGGGAAGAUGGGGAAAGGGGGGAGGAAGGAGAGGAAAGGGUGGUGCUGACGAGUUUCGAGAUCCUGCAGAAGGACCGCAAGCCUCUGAGGGACGUGCGGUGGGAGCUGUGCAUUGUGGACGAGGCACACCGUGGGGUGGUGUGGAGUGGGGUGGUGUGGAGUGGGGUGGUGUGGAGUGGGGUGGUGUGGAGUGGGGUGGUGUACCUUAUUGGGGGCUGUGCAUCGUGGACGAGGCACACCGCCAAGACCACAGCUGCUCUCAAGGAGCUGGGCAUCAGGCGAGGGGCCCUGCUGCUGCUGCUCACUCUACUUUCUGUUGGCUGUUUCCUUCCCUUCGUGGCAGCAUGAAGAGCACGACAGCCAAGACCACGGCCGCGCUCAAGGAGCUGUGCAUCAGGCGAGGGGGCCUGCUGCUGCUCACAGGCACACCCGUGCAGAACAACACACGCGAGCUCUUGUGCGUGCUAAGCGGUUGGGGGGAGUGGGGUGGUGCUGCAAGCGGUUGGGGGGAGUGGGGUGGUGCUGCAAGUGGUUGGGGGGAGUGGGGUGGUGCUGUAAGCGGUUGGUGGGAGUGGAGUGGUGCCGCUCCUAUUAUCUGUCUCUUCCCAGCUCCUCCCUUCUCUCAUCGCCCCAUGACUCCCCUCACCCGCUUUCCCCUCAUCCGCCCUCUCUUCCCAGCCCCUCCCUUCUCUCAUACGCCCCCUCCCUCCUCACUCGCUCUCUCGCUUGCCCCUCGCCUGCUCUGCCUUCAACCACACCCUAUUCUCCCUGGCCUAUUAAACGUCCUCGACCCAGCCACGUUCGGCGACGAGGCUGACUUCCUGGCUCGGUUCGGCAACAUCACGGACGCGGAGCAGGUUCGGGUGCUGCAGGAGGAGGUGCUUCGGCCGAGGCUGCUGCGUCGGAUGAAGGAGGACGUGGAGAAGAGCCUACCGCGCAAGGAGGAGGUGAUCGUGUGGGUGGAGCUGACGCGAGACCAGCGGCGCUACUACCAGGCUCUCUAUCGGAACAGAAUAGGCACGCUGCUGCAGGGCGCGUCUAACAAGAACCUGCCGAAUCUGCGGAACCUGGCCAUGGAGCUGCGAAAGCUGUGCAACCACCCCUUCCUGUGCAACGGGCUAGAGGAGGACAUGGUGCUCAAGGCCUACGCUGCUGCUUCUGCUGCUGCUGCUGCUACAGCCGCCACUGCUGCCACUGCUGCUGCUGCAGCCGCUCCUGCUGUCACAGCCGCUCCUGCUGCCACUGCUGCUACAGCUGCUACUGUGCCAGCAGCAGGAGACGCAGUGGAUGGGGAGGCUUUAAGGCAGCGCAUGUUGGUGCAGGGUAGCGGCAAGAUGGUUCUGCUGGACAAGCUGCUGCCCAAGCUCAAGACCGCGGGACACCGCGUCCUCAUCUUCUCCCAGCUCAAUACCGCCGGGCACCGCGUGCUCGUCUUCUCCCAGUUCGUGAUAAUGCUGGACCUGCUAGAGGACUAUCUCACGGCCAACGGUCACAUCUACGAGCGCCUCGAUGGCUCCAUCAAGGGCGAGCAGCGCCAGGCAGCUAUUGACCGGUUCUCAGCACCAGGCAGUGCGUCCUUUGUGUUUCUGCUCAGCACCAAAGCGGGCGGGCUCGGUAUCACCCUCACUGCUGCGGACACGUGCAUCAUAUACGACUCGGACUGGAACCCACAGAACGACCUGCAGGCCAUGGCUCGCUGUCACAGGAUCGGGCAGAGCAGGGACAUGAAGGUGCUCCAGCUAAUAACAAGGAUCGGGCAGAGCAAGGAUGUGGCAGUGUACCGCCUGAUAGCUAGGAUCGGGCAGAGCAAGGAUGUCAAGGUGUACCGGCUGAUAACUCACCGCACGUACGAGCAGCAGCUGUUUGACUGCGCCUCACGCAAAUACGGGCUUGAGGAAGCCAUUCUGGGCAACUACCAAGGCGCCAGCGCCAAGAGCGGGGAGAAUGGGGAUGCGGCAGGGGGCGGGGGAGAAGGAGAAGAAGCAGACGGGGCGGGCGGGGGAGGAGGGGGGCGUGGAAAGAGGGGGAAAGGCGCGGGGGGCGCAGGGGGUGCGGGAGGGGGGGUGGCAGGGGGAGGUGGGGUGCGGAAUCCGGAGCAGAGCAAGGAUAUAGAGAGUCUGCUGCAGCACGGGGCGUAUGAGCUGUUCAAAGACGAGGCGGCGGAGGAUAGCGUGCGGUUCACGGCAGAGAACAUUGACCAGAUCCUGGAGCAACGCACGCAGACACGCACCAUCGGCGGAUCCGGUACAAGCACAUUCUCCAUAGCCACUUUCGCGUCAGAGGAACCCGAGGGGCCAGAGGAAGCAGCAGAGGAGGAUCAAGACAACCUAGACUGGGACAGGGGAAGUCCAGAAAGGGGGGGACAUGGUAGUGGGGGGGAUGGAGGAGAUGAGAAUGAGAAGCCUGGCUGGAGCGGUGGCGGUGGUGGCAGCAGGAAAAGGAGUACCCGGUCUUCGCGAGGGGGAGCAGAUGGGAAUGCAAUCAAGCAAGGCGCGGAGUUUUGGGAAGAGCUGCUGCCCGAGGCCUGCCGGGCAGCUCGGGCAGCUCCGCUGAAUGGUUUUACUCCCUUGGCUCGGGAGGAAAGGAGGAGGAAGAAAGUGGUGUAUGCGGAAGGAGGUGUGAGAAAGGGAGGAGGGACGGGAGCUGGAGGUGCAGAGGGUGCGGAAGGGAGAGUGGGUGAGAAGGGGAAGGCGGAGGAAGGGGAGAGUGGGGAGAAUGGGGAGUCUGAAAGUGGGGAGGGGAGCAGUGGGGAGGAGGGGGAGGGGGGAGAUGGGAAGGGGAGGAAGAGGGGGAGAGGCACAGUAGGUGGAGAUGAUGGGUUAGGAGAGGAUGUGGCGUGGGUAGGAGAGGAUGGGGUGAGUAAGGGUGAGUGCGGGGGGGGAAGAGCAGUGAGGAAGGCAAAGAGGGAAGGGCAAGGCGGGGUGAAGAAGGUGCGACCGUGGAACGAAGCAGAGAUCAAGCGGCUCGAAUGGAAGGUGUUCUUCUCUGCACUGGAUGGAGGUGAGUUGAAAAAGGGAGAUGGGGUGAGAGUAGGGGCGAAGAAAGUGCAGCCGUGGAAUGAAGCAGAGAUGACGAGGCUCGAAUGGAAGGUGCUCUUCUCUGCACUAGAAGGAGACAAGCUCCGCCAGGCAGCGAAGCUGCAGCAGCGGUCAGAGGAGGAGGUGGUAGAAGUUGCAGCAGCGCUAGAGCGCGUAUAUCGUAGCGUGCACUCCCUCCCCGAGUCACACCAACUCAGCCUAGACCUGGCACUGCGCGGGCAGAAAUCCAAACCCCACCACCGCACCAUCGAUUUCGCUGAUCCUGUCCUGAGCGCUGCUGUUGCUGCGUACGCUGCUGCCAAUCAUCCUGGUGCUGCUGCUGCUGCAGCGGAGGAGGAUGGGAGGAAGGCAGAGGAGCUGUGGCCGAAGGAAGCAGCAGGGGAUAAGCUGCCUGCUGCUGCGAGGGCGGCUAUGAGCACUGUGGCGUUCCGACUGCGAUGCGUGAAGGGUGCAGAGAGGUGUGUGAGGAGUGCAGAGAGUCGACUGCAAAUGCGAGCUGUGGUAAGAGUGCUAGCAGCAGCAGCCGCAGCCAAGCCAGAAGGGUUUGAGCACCCCACCAUCACUGCCAUUCUCUCCUCUACUGUCGUCAAGCGCUGGCGCUUUCCCAUGUGGUGGGAUGACGAGGCAGCUGCUGAUUUCCUGAGAGCAGCAGUGGAGAUCGGUUGCUCGCCUUCCGACUUUGCAGCUCUGAGGACCGACCCUCAUUUUUCCCUCACAAACAAGUACGAUGCAGCCUAUGGCAGCUGCGCUCUCAGCUCCGCACAGGCGACGGAAGCUGAGAAGGUGCGCGACUUCAUGCGUGUUGAUUGGCCGUUGCCAAGCGUGCUGACAAAGCUGGUAGUACAUGUGGCAGAGGAGGUGGCAUGGAGAUGGGACACUCCGUACGAAUUCUCCCGAGAAAAUAUCUUCUCCAACAAAUGGGGAACCAGUCGCGGGCUCAGAACUGGAGCUGCUGCUGUUGCUUCCACUCGUGUUGCCUCUGCUGCUGCGGCUGGUGAUGCUGGUGAUGCUGCUGCUGCUGCUGCUGCUGGAAGUAACGAUGAUGACUCUCAACACCAUGAAAGGAGGAAGGAGGAGAUGGGGGGGGACCCAUACCACCUCAACCAGGAUAGAGCGCAAAAUCACUGCCAUUCCGGGGCAAUGGUGUCUGCGGGGGAAGUUGGUGCGGGGGGAAUGGGAGGAACGCAGGAGUCAGAUCCCAUUGUGUCAUCAGACCCUGUUGUCUCGCCUGCAGGUGAGUCGGUAGAGAAGAGGCACAAGGCGGAACACGUGGAUGUGCACUCUGCACCGAAAUCGCAGCUUGUUUUCCUGCCGUCGCUCCCGCACGCAUCUCCUGCUGCUGCUGGUGCUGCCGGUGCUGCUACUGCUGCUGCUGCAGCUGCAGGUUCGGCCCCAGUCAAGCCGAAAAUGGCAAUUCCAAGCCAAAGGGCACUGGCGACCGGCAGGGAUGGCAAUUUGAGUAUGGAUGCGGACAGGGAAAGGACCAAGCGCAAGAGGGAGAGCCUAGAACAGCUGAAGAACCACCUGGAGAAUUCCCUGAAGGGUGACGUGGGGACUGGUGAAAGGGAGGUGAGGGAGGGGAGUAAGGAGAGGGGUGUGAGAGAGGGGAGUGAGGAAAAUCAAAGGAAGAAGGGGAAUGGUGCUGAGAAGCGGAAACGCCUGGAUGAUCUCCUGGAUGGCAGUUCCGGCAGCGAAGCUGCUGUGUCUGGGAUCAGCACUGGGAGUGAGGGGGGGUCAGGAGAUGGUGGUGCGGUGGUGCUCGAGGGAGAGGAGCUUUCUCUCUAUCUUAAAGCGCAGCAGAAGAGUGUGUCGGCAUCCAGCAAAGGAAGAACGGGGGCGUCAGGCAAAGCUGAUGUUUCUUCUUCUGUGAUGGGCCUCAACGAAAGGGGAAGGUGCGAGGGAGUGAGGCGGGACGGAGAUGGUUUCACAGUGCAGAAGCUGCAGUCUCCUCAGGCGGCAAAACAACACCAGCAGCAGAGGGAGCAACAGCAGCAGACGAAAGCAAUGCAGAAGAAGCGCCUUUCAUCGGAGCUGUACGGGACAGAGAGCACCCGAGUACCUGCCACCUCUGCUGGUCACUGCUCUCCUGCUCAGAAACCUCCUGCUGCUCAUAAAGCUCCUGCUGCUUACAAGUCUCCUGCUGCUCAUAAGCCUCCUGUUGGUUACCAAUCUCCUGCUCCUCUCUCUGCAUCUGCUGCACGGUCUGCAGCUGCUGAUGCUGGUACCAGGUUCUGUCCACUGGUGGUUCCACUAGCAGAGGACAAGGAUUACUCACAUCAUCACACCCCCUUACCUAUGAACACGCCGACCCGUCCUCUGCUGUCUCCAAUGCCUGCUGGAACUGCUGCCAAUAGAAAGCAGUCAGAGGUGUUGAGGGAAGUGAACAGGAGCAGGGAGAUGGAGAAGGGAUGGUCAGCUUCUCCUGCCAAGAAAGAGAAACUCACUGAUAAGGUACGUAUGGUGGUCUGA